CAACUUCCUCUUUCCAGCACAUUUAAGGCCCAGCCUGGGCGGCUCCUGGGGAGGCCAAGCCCGCGCCGCUGCCAGCCAUGGGGGACACCUUCAUCCGCCAUGUCGCCCUCCUGGGCUUCGAGAAGCGCUUCGCCCCCAGCCAGCACUACGUGUACAUGUUCCUGGUGAAGUGGCAGGACCUGUCCGAGAAGGUGGUGUACCGGCGCUUCACCGAGAUCUAUGAGUUUCACAAAUUGUUAAAAGAAAUGUUCCCCAUUGAGGCCGGAGAGAUCAACCCCGAGAGCAGGAUCAUCCCCCACCUCCCAGCUCCCAGGUGGUUUGACGGCCAGCGGGCGGCGGAGAGCCGCCAGGGCACGCUCACCGAGUACUGCAACGCACUCAUGGGGCUGCCCGCCAAGAUCUCCCGCUGCCCACACCUCCUGGACUUCUUCAAGGUGCGCCCGGAUGACCUCAAGCUCCCCUCGGACAGCCAGGUGAAGAAGCCAGAGACAUACCUGAUGCCCAAAGAUGGCAAGAGUAACGCGGCAGAUAUCACGGGCCCCAUCAUCCUGCAGACGUACCGGGCCAUCGCCGACCACGGGAAGAACUCGGCCUCGGAGAUGGCCGUGGCCACCGGGGACAUCGUGGAGGUCGUGGAGAAGAGCGAGAGCGGCUGGUGGUUCUGCCAAAUGAAGGCCAAGCGUGGCUGGGUGCCAGCGUCCUUCCUGGAGCCCCUGGACAGUCCUGAUGAGGCAGAGGAUCCAGAGCCCAACUAUGCAGGUGAGCCCUACGUCACCAUCAAAGCCUAUACUGCCGUAGAGGAGGACGAGAUGUCUCUGUCCCAGGGGGAAACCAUCGAGGUCAUUCAUAAGCUCCUGGACGGCUGGUGGGUGGUCAGGAAGGAGGAUGUCACUGGCUACUUCCCGUCCAUGUACCUGCAGAAGUCGGGACAGGACCCGGCCCAGGCCCAGCGCCAGAUCAAGGGCCGAGGGGCGCCGCCCCGCAGGUCGACCAUCCGCAACGCGCACAGUAUCCACCAGCGGUCGCGGAAGCGCCUCAGCCAGGACUCCUAUCGCCGCAACAGCGUCCGUUUCCUGCAGCAGCGUCGCCGCCUGGCGCAGCCAGGGCCGAAGAGUGCAGGGAGCCCUCGGGGGGAGAAUCCGCAGAGUCAGCGUGCGAAGCCGCAGCCCGCGGUGCCCCCGCGACCCAGCGCCGACCUCAUCCUGCACCGCUGCAGCGAGAGCACCAAGAGGAAGCUGGCGUCCGCCGUCUGAGGCGGGGCAGCCAUCCCUGUACCCUGUCUGUGUGUGUACAUAGCUGGUGUCUGCCGGGGCAGCCCCGGCCCCCUCCCCACGUGGCUGUCCGCCAUCUACAUGAAUGUUGCUUAGAGUGGACCGAGGCUCCGAAGAGAUAGGCUCCGCCCCAAGGGUGUUUCUAGGAUGAGGAGAGGGGACAGUGAGUUCUGCUGGGUAGAAGUUUCAAGAGCCAAGGGCCCAUUGCCUUGGCCUUGGCCAAGAACAGGUCUGCAGAAGGCCAGAUGCAAGAGGAACCCUGAGUCCCUCACUGAUCUUUUGCCUGUACAGAAACCUCCCGCUCUGACUGUAGUCACAAGCAGAACAGUCCUGAAGGUGGGUGGAUGCAGCCCCGCCUCGAGACAGAAUAAGGGUUGCAGUCCAGGGUGAAGUGUGCCUAUGCAGACCCGGGAAAAAAAAAAAAAGGUGAUUUAGGAAUGGAGGCUCCUCUGAUGAUUCCCUGAGACCGGCCCCAGUUAGGAGGGUGUAAUGGAAAGCUAAAUUCAUUAAUGAACACGGCCUCACCACUUCCCCAAGCACUGCUGCUGGCCCACGGCCUCCAGAUCUCUCCUGGUGGGUCCUUCCCCAAAUGCAAAGCCACAGUGGAGCCGAGUGAAGUUGCAAAUCUUGCAGAAGAUUCUCUUGUCCAGAGGCCAUGGGGUGUGUGGAGAGCUGCUCCCCCUACAUGGGCAGUGGCUACUUGAGGAGGGGCAAAGCUGGUCCCCUUGGAGAUGAGCCUGCACGAAGGACAAAUCUUUCUGGAAUCAUUUGACCAUCAAAGGAUUGACAGAGGCCUUGGGAAAGCCACCGGAGCCCCUACCUGGUUAGGAAUUUUGCAUAUCUUAUUUGCUGGAAAAGUCUGGCUUCAAUCACUAUCACACGCACUGUGGGAGAUCCAACAGCAGCCCCAACCCCUGCUUGUUCAGUCGCUCUCUUAUCUUUUUAUUAAAUAUAUCUUACUUAUUUUCA